GAUAAUAUCUUUGGCCAUGAUUCAAAGAAUCUGUUUAUAUUGUUGCUUUUUCUAACCACAGAAUAUAUUUUUACUUUUGUGUAUCUCCAGUGUACCUGUGAAGACGUGGUCCUUCUAAAUACUUUCUUUGGACAAAUUAACAUAUUCCCUCAGACAAAACUGCCACAUUUUGGAAAAUCUGGACCCUUGUCUGUACCUACGUUAAUAAUCUCAGACCUGAAGAUGUUCUGACCUGAGAACUUUAAAAAUGUAAACUAAAUAAAUAAAUAAAUAGAUCAUUUUUGUUCUUUACUAAUUGAUAUUUCUGUAGGAAGAGAACAUCUCUGAUGGACAUGAUUGCAGGCUGGAAGCAUGGAGUGAGCUCUGUGAAGAAAGCUCGUGUUCUGCUCGUUGGUCCUGUUGGAGCUGGGAAGUCCAGCUUCUUCAACUCCAUUAGCUCUAUCUUCAAGGGCUACGUGUCCAGCCAGGCCAACACGGGCUGUGCAGGCACCAGUCUGACCACACAGUUCCGCACCUACUCCAUAAAGGCCGGCGGUGGCGGUAAGCUUCUCCCAAUCACUCUGUGUGACACUAUGGGCCUGGAAGAGGGUUUAAACGCUGGACUGGACAUCGACGACUUCACGAGCAUUUUGAAAGGCCACAUUCAAGACAAGUAUCAGCUGAACCCAUCAAUGCCUCUACAACCAGAAUCUCCUUCAUUCUGCAAGGAGCCCAGCCUGAAGGACAAGAUCCACACCGUGGUUUACGUGAUGGACGCAUGCAGAGUCAAACUCCUCUCUGAUAAAAUGAUUGAGAAGCUGGCGGCUUUCCGCAGAAAGACCAACCAGAUGGGGGUUCCACAGCUGGUGCUGCUAACCAAGGUUGAUGAGGCUUGUUCUUCUGUGGCAGUCGACCUGAAGAGCGUCUAUCAAAGUCACUACAUCCACAAAAUGAUGCAGGAAGUCAGCACCAGUCUGGGAGUCUCCCUCUCUGCCGUGAUUCCAGUCAAGAACUACAGCCAAGACCUGGAACUGGAUCCUAGAACCGACAUCCUGCUCCUGAAUGCAGUUGUUCAGAUGCUCAGAACCACCGAGAGCUUUUUUGAUGAUCUUUACCAAGAGGACGAGUAGAACCCAGAACCUAGAUCAUCUUAAAGUUCAAUUCCACUGAUUUUUCGAAAUGUCUGCAUAUUCAAUCAUUUAGGUGUACAUUUGGUGUGAAAUGGUUCAGAUGUCUUUACAGUGGGGGUGAUAGGAACCAGAGGUCGCCAUGACUACAACACAAAUAUAG